CCUCUGCCCAAAACCCUAAUGGCGGGUUCCAACUACCACGAGUCACUUGACGCUGCCGACGCCGGUAUCGGAGACGACGGGAAGCGGCGGCUCCACCACCUCUACAACCCCUAUGAGUCCCUACACAACCCGUACGCCUUCCCUAUGUACCCGCGCAUCUACGACCUCCCCACCUCGCCCGAGUUCCUCUUCGAGGAGGAUGCCUCCCUCCACCGCCGUUCUUGGAGUUACAAUCUUAGCUUCUGCACCGGCGUUGGAUACCUCUCCGGAGCCGCUAUCGGUGGCGCCAGGGGCGUCCUCGACGGUGUCCAUGCCUCCGAGCCCGGCGAGUCUCUCAAGCUCCGAAUCAACCGGGUCCUCAACUCAUCCGGUCAGGCUGGGCGCCGGCUGGGAAAUUCCGCGGGACUGCUGGGUCUCAUCUUCUCGGGCCUGGAGAGCGGGAUUAGCGCCGCUAUCCGGGAUGACGGCAUCUUGAGCACAGUGGUGGCCGGGCUGGGCACUGGGGCCUUGUUCAAGGCUGCCUCUGGCCCAAGGUCUGCUGCAGUCGCGGGGGCGAUAGGAGGCCUUGCAGCAGGGCUUGCUGUAGCUGGGAAGCAGGGCCACAUGCUGAAGUAGAGACUCAAUGCUUUUUGUCAACAACCUAGGUAAAAUACCUGACUAACCCUCAGUAUUAGUGUGUUUUACAGUAUGUACGUGCACAUAGCUUGAUUUGUAUUUGUACUUUGGUGAUUUAAAGGCCUUAUCUAUGGUA